AGAGCAAGGCUCCUGCUAAUGCGUCUCCAUCCCUGCACUUCCCUUCAGUCCCAAACUCAGUUGCGGUCGAAGACGCGUUCCGGCUCUUGUUUUUGUUUUGGACACAGUUGUUGACAUGUGCAUGUGAGAAGAUUCUGUUGAUAUCGUUUAAAAAAAAACCAGGAGGACGACCGGUUCUACUUGUGGAAAGCGGCGCGAUUGGAUUUUAGUUGGGAGCGCUCGGAUAAAGUCUUUCUUUGUAGUGGUCUUCUUUUGUCUGCCCCGAUGGGUUCCCCAAUGUGCAUGAGGAACUUGGCCUUGCAGCUGCCGCUUUCAGCCUUCAGCCAGUGUCGCUCCAUCCAGGAAAAUGUCCAGUACAUACGAUGAAUCUGCUGGUGUCGAUGAGACGAUGGACAGCUUUUGGGAGGUGGGAAACUACAAGCGUGCCGUCAAACGGAUCGAUGAUGGCCACCGACUUUGCAAUGACCUCAUGGGCUGCCUUCAGGAACGUGCCAAGAUCGAGAAGGCCUAUAGUCAACAGCUGACCGACUGGUCAAAGAGAUGGAGACAGCUCAUCGAGAAAGGACCUCAGUACGGCUCGGUAGAACGGGCCUGGCUGGCCGUCAUGACGGAGGCCGAAAAGGUCGGUGACCUGCACCAAGAGGUGAAGAAUGGCCUUCUGAACGAGGACGUGGAAAAGGUGAAGAACUGGCAGAAAGAAGGCUUCCACAAGCAGAUGAUGGGAGGCUUCAAGGAAACCAAAGAGGCAGAGGAAGGCUUCAAGAAGGCCCAGAAGCCCUGGGCCAAGAAGUUUAAAGAGAUGGAGACCGCUAAGAAGACCUACCACAUGGCCUGCAAGGAGGAGAAACUGGCUGCCACUCGGGAAGCAACAGCCAAGGCGGAGGCCUCCGUCACUCCCGACCAGCAGAAGAAGCUCCACGAGAAGGUGGAGAAGUGCAAACAGGACGUGCAGAAGGCCAAGGAGAAGUACGAUAAGUCCUUGGACGAGCUGAACAAGUGCACGCCUGCGUACAUGGAGCAGAUGGAACAGGUGUUCGACCAGUGUCAGCAGCACGAGGUCAAGAGACUCAACUUCCUCAAAGAAGUGCUGCUGGACAUCAAGCGCCACCUCAACCUCACCGAGAACCAAAACUAUGCCACAGUGUAUCGGGAGCUUGAACGCACCAUACUGGCAGCCAAUUCGCAGGAGGACCUGAAGUGGUUCAGCAACAACCAUGGUCCAGGAAUGCACAUGAACUGGCCUGCCUUUGAGGAAUAUAAUCCGGACGCCACCAAUGCUGUGGCCAAGAGGGAGAAGAAGAAGCCAGAUGGUGUUGCCCCAGCCACUCCGAGCACAGAGCACGCUGGUGGACAACCUGGAGACCGUGGCAGUGUCAGUAGCUAUGACAAGAACCAGGCCUACUCGACCGAGUGGUCCGAUGACGAGCAGCCCGCCGCGUACUCGGGCAACGAGACUAACGGGGGCGGCAACUCCUUCGAGGAGGACUCUGGCAGCGCGCGAGGCGGAGGAGGCAGCAUGGGUGGCGGUGGCGGCAGCGGCGUGCGCGUGCGAGCGCUCUACGACUACGACGGACAGGAGCAAGACGAGCUGAGCUUCAAAGCAGGCGAUGAACUCACCAAGAUCGAAGAAGAGGACGACCAGGGCUGGUGCAGAGGUCGCCUCGACAGCGGCCGAACAGGCUUGUACCCGGCCAACUACGUGGAGGAGAUCUAGCCCACGACUGAGACAGUGCAAGCCAUGGGGAGCCCGCUCAGAUUGUCCUUACAGAAGAGCACUGCGCCUAGCCAGAGACUUAGGAGCAACACAUGUCUUGCCCAAUCGAUGUGUGAAGCAGUUUCAUUCAAAAUCUUAGUAACCUAAACACGAAAAAAAGUCUAACUAUCUAUACAGUAUAUAUUUAUCCACUGGGUGGGGUAAUGCGCGUGGGAAUGGAGGCAUUUAUCCAAGUGUUACAUACUACUCACACGUAAAUACACGUAGUACUUAAGCAGCUCCAUAGUACUGUUAUAUGAAUCCCACAAGGUGUGCGUUACCAAUUGGACACGCACUGCUCUUUGUGAGGGUUGAUGCAACAGUACGUUCUCUUACAGGUUAUCAUUAACUAUCACAACAUAGCAACAUAGUGUAAUAGCAGCCGUAUAACCCUAAAGUGAGCUACAGUGGAUGUGUAAGGAUUUCAGUGGUGACACAUAUCUUAUGCAGUCUCGCCCAUACAGUGGCAGCCCACCUUCCAUAAUGUUUUUGAUUUUUGAAUUCUCUUAUUUCUUUUUUUUUCUCUUCUGUUCUUUUGUGGUGUGCCCUCACUGGUGAACGUGUGUGUUGCAGUGCUGUUUUCUCUGUCUCUUAACACUGGAUUCUGGUUGCAUAGUAGCAUGCACUAUGCAAGAGAAUUGACUUGAGUCAUCAGGCCAUCGUCGCUUCAGGAAUCUAUGCUCACCACAUCCACAAACUCAGAUGGACAGGGGAGAGACGGACACAUAGAUGAGACUGUAACUGAACCCUGAAAUCUUCAGGAAGUGGCAGGUGUGCAUAUUUCGUGGCAUUCGUGUCUCUGUAUGUCCUUUCUCAUUUUCUAUAUGCAUAUCACUAUGAUCCAUGUCAAAGUAUGUAAAUGUUAGCAUAGUUUUUAAAUGCUAACAUUCCUGUAUUCAACUAAUAAGUGUUGGGACUACGUGAUAUCACAAAUGAUCCGAUGCUACUCUACAAGAUGAACUUUUGAGGCUGUGAAACAGUAGUAUGGAUAUUUAGUUUGCCUAUUGCCUCCCAGGCAUCGCUGAUCUGAUUGCUAACAGCAGUGCAUACUGUUAAUUGCAUGUUGAGGUGUUUCAGUGCUGUUUCGAGGUGCAAAGUUCAAGUCGUGGCUAAGUGUAUUAAAGUGGUCUCCUGCCUCAAAGUCAUCUGAUGAAUGUAGCCUGUUGUUGUCAGAGAGCGAUGCUCCUCUAGCAUUCUGGACUGAUGGAACCAGGAGGCAACCUGAUCCACUGUGACUGAACACUGAAAAGUCCUCCUGCAGUUAUGUGUUUGUUUGUUUGUGUGUGUGUGUGUGUGUGUGUGUGUGUGUGUGUGUGUGUGUGUAUGUGUAUGCAUGCGAGCGAGGGUGUGUGCGUGCAUGAAUGUGUGUGGGAGCGUAUCAUAUGCAAGCGUGGCAUACUGUAUGGCCCCUUGUCGGUCUUGUUUUUCAUUCCAUGUUCUUUUUUUCUUUCUGUUUUUCUUUCUCAUACUCUGUCGCUCCUGUCGUGAUGACAGUGUUUGCUGAUGAUGUUUGCUUGGGUGUUUUAGAGAGUGUUUGUCAUCAGAGCACUUCACACACUCUCUGACCAGCUUUUGCUCCAUCAACACACACUUGAAACAGACCUCCUACUGAGCCACCGUAGUUUUAUGUGUGUGUUUUUUUUUUCUACCUUACAACUUACAACCAUAUGCAUCCAGUAUCACACAGAUUAACACUGUGUUACAUGUAAUGUUCAGUAUAACACGGAGUGUGUUUCAGUGCACCAGAAUAUAACCUGGGAUUACAGCUGCUCUUGUGUGUGAACGAACAGCCACUGCUUCAACAAGAGCACUGUUUGUGGUACUGUGGUAUCUAUAUACUGUAUAUCGGGGGCUUUAAAUAUCUAGUUCUCUCCAAGCGCAUCCAGUACCUACACCUAUAACUUAGUAGCUAUGCUUCAAAUGAUGACCUGCAGUGACAGGUAAUGCUACUGUGACUACGAAAAAAAAACGGAAAAAAAAACGAGCGAUUUAUUUAAAUGCAACUACUCUCAUUGCCAAAAGUGAGAUCGAAAAACCUAAAUCGCAAAAAGUGUGGGGCCAAUGAUGAGAAGUCAUGCCGCCAAAAUAAAGAAAAAGACAAAAAAAAAAAACACAAAGGAAUAUAUUAAGAAAACAAACCACAGAAAUAAAGCUUGCUGGGGAAAUGGUAGUGGUGUUGACUGGCAUUAUAGGUGAUCAGACGGGUUAGAAGGACUGGAGGAGACUGGAGGCCACUUGAGAAAGGUCCAUCACCAGCUCCCUGUGGUACGUCUUAGGUCACGCUGUCCAGCCUAGCAAAAAGAAUCCAUAACAUUUAUCGUUCAGAUAUCCCGCGUCACCUGCACAGUAUAUGUAACACAUGCUGAAUAUGCAUACAAUGCUCACAUAUAUGGACACACACACACACACACACACACACACACACACACACACACACACACACACACACACACACACAUGUUCAGAUAGACAUACAGGGCCAUGCACAAUGUCAAACUGUUGCACAUAAAAACACAUACACACACACACACACACACACACACACACACAUAAGCUGUUGGGGAAUAUUUUUGGGAUGAACAAACAUCUUUAUCAUAUCCAGUGUGUAUGAGUUGUGUUUAUGUAGACAAAAAAAGAAACAAAAAAAAUGCAAGUGAUUGAACACAGAUUUAAACGAUAGUGUCAUACUUGUAAUUGUUAUCGAAAAAGAUCAAAGAAAAAAAAAGGACAUACUGUAACAAUCAAUAGGCACCAUAUUGUAUUAAUUUCAUUUUGAUUGGAAUGGAAUUGUCAAUGUACCAUACCUGUAUAAAUGCGUGUGGUUCACGCCGUCACAUUUGUAUAUUAUGAUGAUGUAAUUUAAAGAUUCUAUUCUAUUGUAACUGUACAACUGUGUUGAGUAGAACAUGAUGACCUAUGUAAGUUGAAACAGUGAAGAAAAAGUGUACAUGUACAUGGUUUUUUAUGUUUUUCUUCCUUAUGCACACUUCUGAACAGAUGACGGCUUAUGUUGUGAAAACUCUAUUUUAGCAGUCCUAGAAGACGUAGGUAUGUUCAUAGUUAGUGAUGUAAUUUGAAUCUCCUAACUGGUGUAGUGCCUGUCCAUCUCAAUAUAACAUGACAUUCAUUUAAAUAUGCAUAAAGAUCAUGAUGAUUAUUAUGAUGAUGAUGAUGAUAAUGAUUAAGGCAUCGGUGAUGAUGACUAUUAUAAUGAUGAUGAUAGUAACAAGCAACCUGGAUAGUUGUUGUAGUGAUGUUGCAUAUUGGUUUGAGAGGGAAAACAAGUUUGUUGAGAAAACAUGCCACAGUG